AUGGGGCGACCGCUGGCCCCUACCAUCAUCUGCUUCAUCGUCUUCCUCAUCCCCUCGAUAGCAGCUGGUCUCGGGGUUCAGCAGCUGCCCCCCACGGCGAGCGUCCCAGCCGGGGGCAGCGUCACCCUGAGCUGCACCUUCCACAGCCGCAACCAGACCGGGACAAAAGUCACCUGGGCCCGGGGCUCCCCGGAGGCCGUCAUGCUGGAUCCCGCCCACCCCUUCUACCAGGGGCGGCUGGCCCAGAGCCAGUGGGACCAGCAGGGCCGGGCGGAGGCCACGGUGACCCUGUCGGAGCUGAUGGAGAGGGACUCAGGUCUCUACCACUGCUACAUCACCCACCUGCAGAGUGAGCAGGGGAAGGGCACCGGGACCACCCUGACUGUGAUGCACAGAGAUGAUAGAAAGGAAAUGAAGCUGGACGCCAGCACAGAACUCACCAUCUACAGAGCCACGAUUGCUCUGGCAGGCGUCAGCAUCAUCAUCUUAGUUACCGCCCUCCUGCUGCGCAGACGCACAGCAGCCUCCCCAGACACCCAGCAGCAGCAGCCGGCAAAGGGGCACAGCAGAGCUGGUGGUAACGCGAGCGAGGAUCUGCAUUACGCCGAGAUCACUUUCAAGGCUCCGGCUCACACAGAAUACGCCUCCGUCCGGACCCAGCGGCUCUGA